GGUGGUGAGAGCAGGUCAGGACUGGUUAGGGGGGCAGCCCGAGCCCUCCAUCUCAUGCCUCCAGUUCUUAAUCCCAGCCUUCAGCUCCUGGAGCACUGUCCCUGUACAACUUGCUUCCUCUCCCAGACCCCUGCCCCAUGGCCAAGCCUGGGCAGGUUGCAGAGCCGGCCUGGUCCAGCCCCUGCCAGCCCUGCCCUACCAGCCAGGUGGCCGCUGCCAAUCCCUGGAGCCGGCCCAUCCCCGCCCCUUCCCCCGCCUCUGGCCCAGCCCCCUCCUCCUCAGGUGAGGCAACUAGGCCUCGCAGGCUCCACGCUGCCCGCUGGCCCUGCUGCCUCUGUCUCCAGCCGCCUGCCUGCUGCUGUGGGGCCACCAUGCAGCUGCCCCGGCCCCAGGACAGACCCUAAACCAGCACCAUCUCUUCGCUCCGCCCCCACCUGUCGGACCCCAGGGCCCUGCCUCCUGCUUCACCUCCCCAUAGGUCCCGCCCCGGCCCAGGAGGUCAGCCGGGAAAUCAUUAACGAGAGGCUGUGACAUGGCGGAGAAGGAGGGUGGCCAGAAGGUGCCCUUCUGCUCCAGAGCCAAGCUGGCUAUUCUCACUGCUGGGACCCUGCUGCUCCUCACAGGCAUCGGGGCUGCGUCCUGGGCUAUUGUGACCCUUCUAUUCAAGAAUGACCAGGAGCCGCUGUAUCCAGUGCAGGUGAGCCCCAGGGACUCUCGCCUCACGGUGUUCGACGAGAUGGAGGGGACAUGGAGGUUGCUGUGCUCCUCGCGCUCCAAUGCCAGGGUGGCGGGGCUCGGCUGCGAAGAGAUGGGCUUCCUCAGGGCGCUGGCCCACUCGGAGCUGGACGUGCGCACGGCUGGUGCCAAUGGGACAUCGGGCUUCUUCUGCGUGGAUGAGGGGAGGCUGCCGCACGCUCGCAGGCUGCUGGAGGUCAUCUCCGUGUGCGACUGUCCCAGGGGCCGCUUCCUCACCACUAUAUGCCAAGACUGUGGCCGGAGGAAGCUGCCCGUGGACCGCAUUGUGGGGGGCCGGGACACCAGCCUGGGCCGCUGGCCGUGGCAGGUCAGCCUUCGCUAUGAUGGCGCGCACCUCUGUGGAGGGUCUCUGCUGUCUGGGGACUGGGUGCUGACAGCUGCCCACUGCUUCCCUGAGCGCAACAGGAUCCUGUCUCGAUGGCGGGUGUUUGCAGGUGCUGUGGCCCAGGCCUCUCCUCAGGGCCUGCAACUGGGGGUGCAGGCGGUAGUCUACCAUGGGGGCUACCUCCCCUUCCGGGACCCCAACAGUGAGGAGAACAGCAACGAUAUUGCCCUGGUCCACCUCACCAGCCCCCUGCCUCUCACAGAAUACAUCCAGCCCGUGUGUCUCCCUGCUGCCGGCCAGGCCCUGGUGGACGGCAAGCUCUGCACAGUGACUGGCUGGGGCAACACGCAGUACUAUGGCCAACAGGCUGGGGUGCUCCAGGAGGCCCGGGUUCCCAUAAUCAGCAACGACAUCUGCAACGGCCCCGACUUCUACGGGAACCAAAUCAAGCCCAAGAUGUUCUGCGCUGGUUACCCCGAGGGGGGCAUCGAUGCCUGCCAGGGCGACAGCGGCGGCCCCUUCGUGUGUGAGGACAGCAUCUCUCGGACCUCGCGCUGGCGGCUGUGCGGCAUCGUGAGCUGGGGCACCGGCUGCGCCCUGGCCCAGAAGCCGGGUGUCUACACCAAAGUCGGUGACUUCCGGGAGUGGAUCUUCCAGGCCAUAAAGACUCACUCCGAAGCCAGCGGCAUGGUGACCCAGCUCUGACCCACAUUCUCUUUCCGCUGCACACACCUCAGGGCCGUACUGAAUCAGCCCCACAAGGUGGGGUCCAGCUCCAUCACAGGCAGGGACGUUUCUUUUCGUGGAUCCCUGCCCGUAGGUCUGAGGAGGACACCCUCCCUGCCUCCCGGGCCCUGUCUUCCACCGUGGCAGGCCCACUCAGCCCUGCGACCACCAAAGCCUCACUCUGCCGAUCCCUAUGUAAAUAUUGUGCUGUCGUUUGAGGGGGCGGACUCUUGUUCAGGUGCCCUGGAUGACAGGAUGCUCUUUAAAUAAUAAACACAGUUUUGAUUAA